CUAGGAUCAAUAUGUUAAACUCACAGAUAAGAAUAUAAAAUAUAUGUAGUUAUGUAGACCCUACUUCGUGCAUUCAUUCCUUGAUUUUGACAAAAUAGUUCAAUUACGUGUGACGGAAACCUUACUCAAAUAGUUGGCUUCCAAAAUCUGCGUUGAGCUUUUGUUUAUUCAUUUUAUCCACUUCGUCUUUUACAAGGAAGCAUUGAAAGAAAUAAAGAACUGUCCUAAAGAUAUUAGCGCUGCUAAAUUUGAAGCUACUAUAUUCAUAUUUAGUUCUACUCUUUAAUGUUUGUUUAAUCUGAUAGAAAUCAGAUAAAAAUUAAAACAUGUCAUCCAGGUACGAAACUUAAUAUAAAUACAAAUUUGGCAGCUUUACAUACAGGUUAAAGGUCAAAUUGAUAUUUACAUUGUUUUGAUCAUUUUUAGUCACAAUUUACGUUGUAACACAGUAGUUAAAACCAAAACAUUCCUUAGACUGUUUGAUUAAAGAAGAACAAUGUCAGUCAGUGAUCAACAGUCGAAAUCGCUUGAAGCAAAAGUUGUGGUUUUAGGGUCUCAAGGUGUGGGUAAAACUAGUGUAGUCAUAAGAUACGUUGGUGGUAUGUUUAGUAAAGCUGUUAGCCCAACUAUUGGUGCAUCAUUCUUUACAUAUAAACUGUCAUUAGAUAACUAUAGAGUUAAACUACAAGUAUGGGAUACUGCUGGACAAGAACGGUUUAGAUCAAUGGCCCCUAUGUAUUACAGAAAAGCUAAUGCUGCUAUGUUAUUAUAUGAUAUUACGUCACCAGAUAGUUUUUAUGAUAUAAAAGAUUGGGUCAAAGAGUUGAAAAAGAAUGUAGAUUACCCUAUUAUUAUGUGUUUAUUGGGUAAUAAAUGUGAUUUAGAUUCUGGAAGAAAAGUUUCUAUUGAAGAGGCUGAAGAAUAUGCUCAAUCAAUAGGGGCAUUGUUUUUUGAGGUGUCAGCUCUUAAAAAUACAGGUAAAUAUAUUUUGCCUUGUCUAAUGGAUUAA